UUUCAUUGAGUCUGACAUAAAUAAGAACCACACGUUGUGUUUAAUUGGAUGCGAGAUCUUGUCGUUCACUGCAAUCAUCUCUGGUCUGAGUCUUGGUUGCAUUGCCUUAGAGAAGUACAUUCGGGUCUUGCACCCUUAUUUGCAGACAGAGAUCACAACAAAGAGGUGUUUGAUUACUGUCGGGGUAAUGCUCAUCCUUGCUGGAGGCCUAUCAUUUUCUCCAGCCAUGGGAUGGAAUACUUUCACAGACGACAUGAGCGAUUCUUUCCGUUGUUCGAAAGUUAUAAUCUAUCCAUUGCCAUACGCAUUCUUAGUCGUUGCAUGGAUUUUGAUCUUGGUGGUAUUGACCACGUUUUGCUAUAGUCGAAUAUUCGUUACAGCGACUCGCCAACAGAAACAAAUAGUGAAAGAAAAUUCAAGAUUUGACGCCAAUCAGAAUAGAUCAGGAGGCAAGGAUGAUGGUUCACUAACACGACAGAAAUCCCAGACAAAGAAAACAUGCCGCGUACACCAGAAUUGCUCCAAGAAGGAUUGCCAUUUGAAAAUUGUAAAGACGGGAAUAAUGCUACUCGGACCAUAUUUUCUGACAUGGGUACCUAGUUUAACAUUGAC